GAAGUAGUACGUGGUAUCUUAAGAUUGCAGUGAAAGUUUUAAAAUAUUCAGCCAUGACAUCUCAGAAACGUUCAAGACCAACUAAUUCAAAAUCUUUGUCUCUGAACGAUGACGAGAAUGAGGCGCUGUUCGUGUUGUUGGGAAACAGAUGUGUUACCCUCGCAACUGGUGUUGUGCAAGUCUUUCUUGCUGAAGCUCCGUCAAGAAGCCGUUGGAAUAAACGAUACUGUGGUGUUGCUUGUUUUGUGAAAGAUAAUGGCAAGAGAUCAUACUAUAUCAGGGUGUUUGAUAUCAAGAAAAAGACUCUGCUAUGGGAACAAGAAUUGUAUAAUCAGUUCAAGUAUAAAACUCCCAGGGCUUACUUUCACACAUUUGAGGCACAAAAUUCCCAGGCUGGUCUUAAUUUUGCUCAUGAAGGGGAUGCUCAGCAGUUCCAAAAGGUUAUUGAGCAAAAGCUGUAUGAGAAACAGCAGCGAAGGAUGGAGAAAAAGCGUCAGACCACUAACCAUGGAAAUUUGGGACCUCCAUCUCCAAGAGGUGCUUCUCUGGCCAGUCCUGAAAGCAAGAAAGAUAAAAAACAAAUCAAAGAAGCUGACAAAGCAGGACAUAGGGACACCAACAGAUUUCAGACAUGUUGGUCAUGUUGGGAUGGGGAUCCAAAUAAGGGAUUUGAUAUGAACAACCUUGAUCCAACUAUGAAGACCUUAUUCCAAAGUGUUGGUAUUGACGAAGGGGUUGACAAGGAAACAGUUGACUUCAUCUAUGACUUUGUGGAGCAGUAUGGAGGACUGGAUGCAGUCAAGAAGGACAUUGCCUCGCGUCCUGCACCUCCACCACCUCCUUCUGGAGGAACACCACGGAGGACUGGCCCUCUGCCUCAGGUACCUCCCACUAACAGAGGUGUACCUCCGCCACCUCCUGCUAGGUCAAGUGGUCCGCCACCCCCCGCUCCACCUGCCCGGGGUCCUGCAACACCCACUAGAGCAAUGGGAACCCCUCCUCCUCCACCUCCCACAAGAAACAUGCCCCCUCCACCGCCUGUACCUCAUGGGGGACCUCCACCUCCACCACCCAUGGCACCACCACCACCUCCUGGAGCAGGUGUGCCCCCACCACCACCAGCACCUCCACCGCCUUCUAUGGAUUCGGCACCGCCUGCUCCACCUUCGAGUGGAGGAAGAGCUGGCCUGCUGAGUGAAAUUCACCAGGGAAAAGCACUGAAAUCAGUGACCCCAAAUGAGCGCCCAGUACAGGAAGAUGCUCGAGGGGAUCUGUUAAGUCAGAUCCGACAAGGCACUAAGCUAAAGACGGUGGAUACAGACACGCCUGAAUCCAGGCCGCCUUCUUUGCUCCAGCAGGGUGGAAUUGUGGGAGCUCUGGCCCAGGCGCUUGCUUACAGACAAAAACAUAUUCAAGGAUCAGAAGAUGAAGACGAAGAUGAUGAUGACGAUGAAGAUGAUGAGGACGAUGAAUGGGAUGAUUAAAAAAAUAAAAUUAAAAUGAUGUGCUUUAUCUGUGUGUGUGAUUAAAAUAGGUGUCUGGUGAUGGGUCUUAUAUUUUACAUUUAUUUAUUUACAUUUCAAAGACACUGCUUUCUGAUUGAUAUUGUGAUCUUUUGUCUUUGUCAAAAAAAAUUUUUAUGGCAUGAUCACAACAUUGUAUAAACUUCAUCAUUAGUCAUUGAAAUAUAAACAUUGGUCUGUUUUACAAUAUUCAGAAAUCAUCCAUCACUGGUAAUCAUCCGUUUAUAUCUUUAACACUAAUAAGAUGGUUUGCAGAAAAACCACUUUAAGUGAUUUAUGAUCAUCAUUAUCAUCAAUUUAAUUCUUGUUAACAGCAAAAUAUCUUUACUUGUUUCAAGGACAGAUUUUACUUUAAAUCCUACUAGUGUAUCAGAUCUAUAUCAUAUUGCUCAUUGAAUUAUGUCAAACAAAUUAAUACAUUACAGUAUUGCAGUAAUCCAAACUAGUGCUAUUUAUGAAAUGUUAUUAGUCUUCUUUAUUAAUUUGUCAAUGGCAAAUAUAUUAUUUGUGCUUCAAACCUUAAUAGUAAACAAGCAGAAAAAAAUUGAAAAUUGUAUUAAAUCUGAUGAAGAUGUGGAAGAGCUGACAGUAGAUUAAGAUCACAUCUACAUGUGCCAUUGUGUAAGAAGUUUCAUAUUCAUCAAAAUUCUACAAAUGUGUAUGUAUUCGUGAAAUAUAUUUUAACCUCCUUGACUAUGCUUUAUACAUAUAUGUAGUGCAUUGAAAUAACUUGAAAUUAAGACUUGGUAAAUUUUUAAUGUUAGACAUAUUGACCAUUUUCUCCUUUAUUGGUUUAAGAUGUAUACAUUCUCGCAUUAUACAUGAGUGUCUUGUUCAUGGAAUAAACAGCUGGCUGCAAACU